UUAAUCCAAUCAGGAUUCAGUAAUAGGAACGUACACAAAAUUUCAGCCUUAUUGCAAUGCAUGCAUUCUGCAGGGAUCCUCUUUAUCUCCUUAUAAGUUUUGCAUUUUAAAUAUUUUUUCGAACAUAAAUUGAGCUGGGAAUUAAAGCCAUGAGGAACCAUUCCUAAAUUAUAGUUAUUGGAACAACCUAAUACUAAUAGUGUAUAAGAUUUUGGGGAAAAAUUUCUUGGAGCUUUUAACAUAGUUUACUUGGUGAUGUCUAGACUCUAGACACAAGUUUUAUGCUAUUGAGUUGCACUAGGUUAUUCUUCACAUUUUUAACCAUGACAUCAUACUAUUUUCUGCUUUCAAGUUCACCAUGGCUUUGUUUAAUUAGAUGGAAAGUAUAAAUAGGAAUAUUUUUAACAUUUUAAGAGUGAAAAUCAGGAAAUAAAAACUUUUGGGCAAGAAACUUUUCUACAGAAAACUUUUGGCUUUGCUUAAUUUUCUUCCAAAACUUUUCUACAGAAAAUGCUAUAAGUGUAUCUUGUAAAUUUUAAUGACAACUUUCUUAUAAAAUUUUCAUCCUAACCAAAUACAUUUAAGAAAAUAUUUUUUCCUGUCAUUCAUUUCACUUUCUUUUACUCUUUCUUCUAAUAUUAUUUCCUUUCUUAGCAAAUGAAGCUGAAGGGCAGCCACUAUUUUACUUUUUAUUGUUUGGAAAAAGAGAAUUCAUGUGGCGACCCAUUUCAUAUGGGAUUAAAGAAAGGAUGAUGAGGGUGAUGAUGCUGAUGUCGUCUGGCAAAUAAAACACCCUCCCAUUUUUCCCCUAUGGGGACUUGAACCCUCUACCUUUCACUUUGGAGGUAAAGGAGAUACUACUGGGCUACAACCAUUGGUCAACCACUUAUCUGAAUGGGCUAAACUUUUAAACUCGAGUUGGUUUCCCUAACUGUAGCAUUCCAUCUCUGACUUGGAGCAUUGUAUCUUGGGUGGCAUGGAGGUGGCUUUACAUGCAGUUGACAAUCUAAGUGCAAUGUGAUAUAAUUUAUUUUCAGUUUUUUUUUUUCGUCCUAGGAGAAGGAGCAGGACAAAAAGAGGGAUUAACAUUAUUGACCCAAUGAUAAACAAGUAACACCUUCCUUGUUGGAGCUCUGUGCACUGGGAAAACUCUCUAGUGAUGGGGAAACGUCCAUUAGUUACAAAGCUCGAAUAAGGGAGCAAUAUGGUGCAUGGAAAGCCGAAUGCCAGAAGAUGGUGCCUAUUGUUGGUAGUGGAAAGUUUGUUACGACACCUAUAAUCAGUGAUGAUGGCCAACCAAUACGAGAUCCUUCAACCGACAAUGAUUCAAUAGAUAACAGUGGAACCAUGUCAAGUAAUGACGCUGUUUCAGACAAGAAAGUGAUUCAUUGGAAGCUUGGCUUGCCUCAAAUUGGUCUGGAUGUUGUGCGCACUGAUCGUGCUCUUGUCUUUUAUGAGAGUGAAAUUAAUCAGGCAAAACUUUGGGAUUUGCUUGCUGUUUAUGCUUGGGUUGACAAUGACAUUAGCUAUGUCCAAGGAAUGAAUGAUAUUUGCUCUCCAAUGGUGAUUCUUCUAGAAGAUGAAGCAGAUGCCUUCUGGUGCUUUGAGCAUGCGAUGCGUAGAUUGAGAGAAAAUUUCAGGUGCAGUACAACUUCAAUAGGUGUGCAGUCUCAGUUGAGUACCCUCUCGGAAAUAAUUAAAGCGGUUGAUCCGAAGCUUCAUCAACACCUUGAGGAACUAGAUGGUGGGGAAUAUUUAUUUGCCUUCCGUAUGUUGAUGGUAAUUUUUCGGAGAGAGUUUUCAUUUGUUGAUGCACUGUACCUUUGGGAGGUUAUGUGGGCCAUGGAAUACAAUCCAAACAUGUUUGCAUCAUACGAAGAGUCAGGGCAUGACUCAGGCGUGGUUACGGAUAAAAAUGUUGCACCUAAGAUAAAUAACAAGACGCUCAAGCAGUAUGGCAAAUUUGAGAGAAAAAAUGUGAAGACUGGAAGAUCAGGCCAAAACAGCGCUCUCGUCAUUUUUCUUGCUGCAAGUGUCCUUGAGACAAAGAAUAAGAAACUUCUAAAAGAGGCCAAGGGUAUAGACGAUGUUGUCAAGAUCAUGCAUGACAUAACUGGAAAUAUGGAUGCUAGAAAAGCACUAAAUGAGGCAUUGAAGAUUCAUAAGAAGUACCUGAGUAAGGCAAAAAAAUCAUAGUUUAUGAUUGGGAGAAUUGGCGACGCACAUUGAACGAGGUCUUUACACUUCUUUCCAUUUUCCUAAUAUAUAUAUUUUUUUUGCACCAUUCGUUGCGAAAAUGAUUCUACUCCGCCCCUCAUUGUGUGAUAACUCAAUUCUUCUUUGUAAAAUGGAUUUUUGUAUAUAAGAAUUAUUAUUUUGAUAUGACGUGCAUAUGCUUCAGCAAUUGUAUUUGCAACAUCAAAAAAUAUGAAAAUAAAGCAGAUGAGAGUUCUCUUUUUGGCCUGA